AUGUGGGAAGACAACAGUACUGAUGCAUUUGUUAAAACAUCUGGAAGCGGUACUGUAGCAAGAAGUGCAAGUCGCAGGAAGAGAACAAGUUUCUCAAAGGAACAUGUUGAGCUUCUUCGAGCCACAUUUGAGACAGACCCUUACCCAGGAAUCAGCCUCAGAGAGAAUCUCUCCCAAACUACAGGCCUGCCAGAGUCUCGCAUACAGGUAUGGUUCCAGAAUAGGAGAGCUCGUACAUUGAAAUGCAAGGGAGGAAAGAAGCCGCUAUGGCAGUCCGAAUCACCGUUUAGUGCAAUGCAGAAUUCACCAGUUCAGCUACACUCUUCUAACAGCAACAACAGUGAGUCUGGUGCUGGCACUGGGCCUUUAGGCACUCCACCACCAGCGUACCCCAAUCAUAUUAAGGAAGAAAUGGAAAGGGAUGGACUUUAUGGAUGUGACACUCCAUCUUCCAUGUCGAUCGGUGAUGAUUCCAGCUACUGCACCCCUUCAUACGGACACCAGCAUCAGGCCAGAGCCAUGAACGCUCACUGCAGCCCUCCUCUGCUAUGCCCAGAGCAUCAGAUGCCUCCAAACUGGGCUGCAAGGUAUGACAGGAGGUCACCUAUGAGCUCCAUGUGGAGUCCAUAUCAUCUUGACGCCUAUGGGUGCAAUCCCAACUCACUCCAAGGCUUUUUUUACUCUCCAUCUGAAAAACAUAACAGUCUUCAGCCGCUGACCCCUGUUACUCCAGACUCGGGCUGCUGGGAGGGUGGUUUGGAGGGCACUCCUCCAGCUUCCAGCUCUUUCUGUGUAGAUAACCCAGAAGUUCAGAGGAUGGAGAGCCAACAAGAAAGCAGGAUUCACCACGGGCCUCUGCCUGAGCUGCCGGCCUUGUCCCUACAGGAGAUCCUGGGAGAGCUGCAAGGAGACUGGUGGCAGGGUGAAGGACUAAACGGCCUCUCGUCUGAGGACAACCAUGUGUACGGCUGA